AAAAUGAUACCAAGUUCAUGAUUUUGCAUACCAAGUUUAUGGCUAUAUGAUAUGACUGUUUCAAUUUGUUUGACUAAAAAUUUUAUUCUUUUUUCCUCAAAAUAUUAUGUUUUAAUAAUCAACAUAAUAUGUAAAAUUAAUUACAAUAGUCAUAUAAAAUAAAAUGAUAGAUUCUCCAUUCAUUAAAAGAAAGUUCAUAAACCAGUAACACAAUCUAUGAGAUUUAAAUUAUUAAAGAAGAAAGAAAACUUUUGCAAUUAGAUUUUACUUUAACUAUAGGGCAAGAAGCCAAAUAUGUUUAUCUUUUUGUUCCUUUUCCGAAAUUAAAUUAAAUUUCUUUUAGACAACAUUUUAAAAUUAAAACAAAACAAAAUUUAUGCACUCUGUGUUCUGCCAUUGUUAUAGCUUUUAGCUUACCUCGAAACGUGUCCCCUCUCCCUGAUCGUCAAUGGAACCGACGGUAACACCACCGGAGCCGGAGGCUCAAUUCGGAGACAUCUCUUUAAGCGAUAAGAUAGUGAAUGUGGAGGCAGAGGAAGAACAUAGCGAUUCCGGUUCAGUGAUAACCGGAGUCGAUUUGAUCUUUGUUGCUGGGGACGAUGAUAUCAGUAUUGGAGCGGAUGGUGUUGUGGAGAGGACGAAAAUGGAUCUGCCUGAGGAAUACGCGAAUAGCGUUAUGGUUCUGACGUGCGAUUCCAAAGCUGAAGGUGGAUCUUGCGAUGUGUAUUUGAUUGGCACUGCUCAUGUCUCAGAGGAUUCAUGUCGAGAAGUUGAAGCUAUAGUCAGCUACAUGAAGCCAGAGGUCGUCUUCGUGGAGUUGUGUGCAAGCCGGUUGUCUAUUCUCACUCCUCAGGCUGUGAAGAUUCCGACCGUGUGGGAAAUGAUAGACAUGUGGAAGAAGAAACACAACCCAUUCGGAAUAGCCUACGGAUGGUUUCUUGCAAAGAUUGCAAGCAAGCUUGAUGUUUUACCUGGCGCUGAGUUUCGUGUGGCAUAUGAAGAAGCAGUCAAAUAUGGUGGCCAGGUGAUUCUGGGUGAUCGUCCAGUGCAGAUCACGUUAAAAAGAACAUGGGCUAAAAUGCCUAUAUGGCAUAAAGUGAAGUUUUUGUACGGCUUAGUGUUUCAAGCCGUGUUUCUACCGAGCCCUGAGGAGCUUGAAAAGAUGCUGAAAGCUAUGAACGAUGUGGAUAUGCUGACAUUGGUGAUCCAACAAAUGAGCAAGGAGUUUCCAUCUCUCAUGGAUACACUUGUGCAUGAGCGAGAUAAGUACAUGUCAUGUAUGUUGUCAAGAGUUGCAUGUGAGCAUAGCUCGGUGGUGGCAGUUGUUGGUAGAGGGCAUCUUCAAGGGAUCAAAAAGAACUGGGACCAACCUAUAAAUAUGAAAGAUCUGUUGGAGAUACCGAAGAAUAAAUCAGUUUUUACUGUAAAGAAUGUUCUGAAAUCUUUGGCAAUUUUAGUCGUUGGGGCAGCCAUAGUUUCCCGCAUAUACCUUGCAGGCAGAACUUAAACAAUGUCAAGGCAGGGAGAGUUUCUCAAUAAAAGUUAGGCUUAAUAACAGAUGGUUAACAUUGAUCUUCAGCACUGUUCUAAUCUUUGUUGUCAUGAUUUUUACUUAUCUUUGGUUUAUUGUUUGAAUAAUUUUAUAACAGUUUAUA